AUGGUGAAGACACGGUUUUCGUCGGUUGAUGUCCGAGCGAUGGUGAACUCGAUUCGCCCCUCAGCGGUUGGGUGCAAACUGGCAAACAUUUACGACAUUAACUCGAAAGUAUACCUCUUGAAGCUUCAGCGAAAAGGCUUCCGGUGUCUGCUCCUCCUGGAAAGCGGCGUUCGCUUCCACUUGACGGAGUACCAGAGAGAUAAAUCAUCCAUCCCUUCCAAUUACACCAUGAAGUUGCGGAAGCACCUCAGAAACAAGCGCCUGACAAACAUCAGCCAGUUGGGGGCGGAUCGAGCUGUGGAUUUCCAGUUUGGUCGGGGUGAGACUGCCUUUCACCUGAUCUUAGAGAUCUACGUAACAGGCAACCUGAUCCUAACCGACCAUGAGUAUCAGAUCUUGGCUCUCCUUCGAGUGCACUCGGAUCAAGAUACAAAGGUGGCCAUGCGCCAGACCUAUCCAGUAGACAAGGCGAUGGGACUGCUGAAAGUUCCGCUCACGGAGUUUGCGGAUGAAAUGGAAGACAUCCUGGAUCUGGCAGCUGCGAGGGCUGAGAACCAGGAGGUAAAGGAAUUGGAAAAGGAUGACGAGCAAGCUGCCAAGGAUAAGAAGAAGGGAGUUGAGUCUGCCUUUGCAAAGAAGUCAAAGAAAAGAGUGCAGCACAGUGCUAUGCCAGUUGUGAUGCUGCUUCACAAGCUGGCCCCCUUCGCCGAUCCUGCGCUGUGUGCAAGCUGUGUGGCGAAAGUGUCCGCUGCGAAAGGCAAGCCGCUGCAAAAUGCCUUCAAGGUCACCGUGGAUGACAUGUCCUUUGAGGAGCUCGUAGAGUUGCAGCAGGAAGCUGCAGAGAUGCUCCUGGACACGCUGCGCAGCGUAUCGCGCCCGGAUGACCUGGGAGGGGGGAGCAUGCCCCAGCUUGCUGUAGCGGAGGCAGAGGCUGAGGAUGAUCUCAAUGACGGAAACGAUGAGGAUGAGGAGGAGGCCGUGGAAGGGGGAGAGGCCAAGGAAGCAAAGGCUGAUGGAAAGCCAGGCCCGCCGCCAGAGGCAGAUGCUCCGGUUGUCCCGGGCUGGAUCCUUCGUAAGAAGGUGCACGCCCCUCCUGCGGAAGCGACGUGGACCAAUGAGGAGUUCAGCCCGCUGGAGCCACCAACUGCAGAAGACCCUGAUGCCAUUAUCGCCUUCCCAAGCUUCCACAGAUGUGUCGAUGAAUUCUUUACCCAGCUGGAAGAGAACAAGGCAGUCGAGCAGAAGGCCCAGCACGCCCAGAGCGUGAUGGCUCGGGUGGAUCGUAUCCGGGCCGAUCAGGGUCGCCGAUUGCUGGAGCUGGAGGCUGAGCAGCAGGCUUCUGAGCGAAAGGCCAGCCUCAUCGAGCGCAACGUGGAGCUUGUCGACCGUGCGCUUGCUAUGCUGAACGCCAUGCUGGCGUCCCAAGUUGACUGGACGGAGCUCUGGCGAGAAGUGAAGCGACAGCAGCGCUUGGGUCAUCCCAUCGCAGAGCACAUCCACUCCCUGAACUUGGAACAGAAUGAAUUCAAGAUUCUGCUGGCCGACGUGGAGGAAGAGGAGGUAGAAGAUGAGGGAACUGAUGAUAAGCCGAUGGAAGUCGUAGCGUUGAAUCUGAACUUAAGUGCCCACGCCAACGUUGCGCGGCUACACUCGAAGAGGAAGGAAACACGAGACAAGACCUCUCGCACACAAACUCACGCCGAAGCUGCGAUCAAGAGUGCAGAGCGGAAGGCACACCAAGACCUGCAAAAGUUUGACUUGAAGCAAACUAUUCGGCGCGUACGCCAGACCUGGUGGUUCGAGAAGUAUAUCUGGUUUGUUUCCUCGGAGAAUUAUCUCGUCAUAGCUGGGCAUGAUGCUGUGCAGACGGAACAGCUCUUCUUAAAGCACCUAGGCGAAAAUGACCCCUUCGUUCAAGCGGAUGUCGCUGGCGCGCGCACGUGCUUCGUGCGAAAUCCUGAAGGCGGAGAAGUGCCGCCAGCAACACUCCGAGAAGCUGGAACCUUGGCUCUCUGCCACAGCUCGGCCUGGGAUAAGCAGAUCGUGAUCUCAGCCUGGUGGGUGCCGAUUACGCAGGUCUCGCGAGGCAAGGCCCCAGAGGGCGAGCAUUUGAGCAUUGAUGACUUCUUCGUUACAGGGCGAAGGCACUUCAUGCCACCGCUGCACUUAGAGAUGGGCAUGACGCUGCUUUUCCAAGUCUCGGAAAGUAGCUGUGCGGAGCGCCACAAGGGCGAGCGCAAGAGCCGGUAUCUCGAAGCCAUGGCUAACAAACCCGAAGCAGAGGAGGAUGCUCAGGAGCCUGAAGAGACGGUCGAGAUCGAAGCUGCAAGCGACGGGCCUGAGGAAGAGGAUGCCGAGGACCAGCAAAGCCAAGGAGGCGAAGAAGGGGCCGAGCACGAGGACCCGGAAGCCGAUCCUUCUGAUGCUCCAGCAGAAGACGGCGGUGCUCCUGCGGAGGAUCCGAGCCAAGAAGUCGAGGAAGGCGAGAAGAGCAAGGGGGGCAAGAUGCGAGUCUCCCGGGCAGAGCGCAGGCGGCAGAAGAAAGAUGACAUAGAGGAGGAAGAGGAGGAAGUGGAAGUUCCCAAGAAGCUGGCCGACGCCAAGUCGAAGGGGCCCAGCGUGGAUCAUCUCCCUCGAGGGCAGAAGUCGAAGGCAAAGAAGAUGAAAGAGAAGUAUGCCGACCAGGACGACGACGAGCGAGAGCUGCGCCUUGCACUUCUGGGCAGCCGCAAGACCAAGCGAGCUGGAGGUGAAGGGACCAAAGAGGGCAGCGUCCUGGCCUCCGGGGGAACGGGAGGCACCGAUGCCAGCAGCGAAACUGCGCAGGCUGACACUGGAACAACUGGUGAGCAGAAUGCAUCCCAGCCGAAGGACCAGACAGGUGGCGAGUCGGGAAGGAAGCCCCAGCGGCGUCAGCAGCCGAAGAGGGAUGAGGUUUUGAAGGUCGGCUGCGACGCGGAGGGCGGUGCCGACAUGCAGCCGUUACAGCUUGAUCUUCUGACGGGACAGCCACAGCCGGAGGAUGAGGUGUUGUACGCAAUGCCAAUGGUUGCACCCUACUGUGCGCUUGGAGGUCCCUACAACCUUAGAGUUAAGCUCACGCCGGGAUCUGAGUUUCUGCUGCUCGUGGCGGGACUGUGCUCCUUCCAGACCUACUUGAUCUUCCUGCUAGUUGGAGCUGGUUGUGGGUGGCUUCUCAUCAAUGCCUUGUUCAAUGCAAUGGCCAAUGAGCCAGCACUUACAAAGGACGGCAAGACCUUUGGCCGAUUUAGCAUCAACCAAGGCAUCGUUGGCUUGGUCACGGGUGCCCUCUACUUCCUGUGGAACUUCUUGUACCCAAACUGCCUAUCCCUGCGUGCUCAGCAGGUCAUAAUCGUACUUCUUCUUAUUCUAAAUGCGGCUUUCUGCAUACUCCUCGCAUUGUUCUGGAAAGCUGAUGCCCCGGAGUACAACUUCUUCAUGGCUUCGGACAUCAUUGCCCAGUUGGUGGGCAAUGCCACAAUCUUCAUGCUCUUCCCAGUCAUAGCAACUUUCUACGCUGGCUGGCUUGUGGCUCCGGUACGAGCAGGCACAGAUCUUUCCAGCUUGUUUGCCACCCUGGUGGCACAGGCUCAGAAUCCACAUCCUGGUUCUGGCAAGCUCAAAUUUUCCAUAUCAACUCUGUUCAUUGUUUACUCCUGCUUUUCCAUGGCUGGUCUCCUGGCCUGGGCCUCCAUUCUCUACUUCGGCACUGGUCUACGAUAUAAGAUAGAUGACGAGGACGGAACAGUCGAUCUCUCCGACAGCGACGACUCCUCGGAGGAGAUGACCUCCAUCAACGGCUCCGAUGUAGAUGGUGAGAUGACCUCCAUCAACGGCUCCGAUGUAGAUGGUGUCAGGGAGUGUGUGGUGGCCCACAAAAAGCGCUUCUGCGAUGGUCUUGCAGUUCCCCGACAGCUACUCCUGCCAGUUGUGUUGGCGACGUUAUCACAGGUUGCACAGUGGGGCAUUGCCUUGUCCUUAGGAGAAGUUGGCGCAAGUUACUGCGACCCCAUUUCGUGCAAAGGCAAGGCUGGCAAAGAGACCUACAGACUUUCCUUGACCAGUUCGCAGAUCAUGGUACCCAUAGGCUCCGUGAUGUCCUCAGUGAUGCCUUGCCCCCGAUGGGGCUUCUACGCGCUCUCCGCCGUGCAGCUAGCUGCUGGCUCGAUCAUCGCGUGUGCGGCCUUUGGGAUGGGCCUGGACCACUUCAGGACGGACAACGGCCAGUCGCUGUACAUCUGUAGCUUCGCAGUGACUGGGGGCUUGGAAGGUUACUUGCUCACCAUGGCCUUCCGCUACAUCGGUGAUGCAGUGGACAUUGCAGGCACGCGGCGGCAAAGCGCCGCUCGUAUGCUGAGCUUGCUCGGAGUCAUUGUUGUAAAUCCAAUUUCACUCCUGCUGGGCUCCAUGCUGGAGUCUGGUCAGAUUGCUUGCGCAGACCCAUGA